AGCGGCCAGCGGGGGCGGGGCUGUGUAAGGACCGGCUGGUCAGGGCGGGCACCGAGCGGAGGCGCGGGGCGUGUCCCCUGUCAAGAGCAAUGCUCUGCAGGUCUGGGUACCGCGCGCUGCCCCUAGGGGAUUUUGACCGCUUCCAGCAAUCGAGUUUCGGCUUUCUGGGCUCGCAGAAGGACUGCUUGUCCCCGGAGCGGGGUGGCGUGGGGCCGGGAGCCGAUGUACCCCAGAGUUGGCCCUCCUGCCUCUGCCACAGCCUCAUCAGUUUCCUGGGGUUCUUGCUGCUAUUGGUCACCUUCCCAAUUUCUGGCUGGUUUUCCCUGAAGAUUGUGCCCACCUAUGAACGCAUGAUUGUAUUCCGCCUGGGCCGGAUCCGCAAUCCCCAGGGCCCUGGCAUGGUUCUUCUCCUGCCCUUCAUUGACUCCUUUCAGAGGGUGGAUCUGAGGACAAGAGCCUUCAAUGUCCCUCCCUGCAAGCUGGCCUCUAAGGAUGGGGCUGUGCUGUCUGUGGGUGCUGAUGUCCAGUUUCGUAUCUGGGACCCUGUGCUGUCGGUGAUGACUGUGAAGGACCUGAACACGGCCACGCGCAUGACAGCCCAGAAUGCCAUGACCAAGGCCCUGCUCAAGAGGCCGCUGCGGGAAAUUCAGAUGGAGAAGCUCAAGAUCAGUGACCAGCUCCUGCUGGAGAUCAAUGACGUAACCAGGGCCUGGGGGCUGGAGGUGGACCGUGUAGAGCUGGCAGUGGAGGCCGUGCUCCAGCCACCCCAGGACAGCCCAGCCGAGCCCAGCAUGGACAACACUCUCCAGCAGCUGGCUCUACACUUCCUGGGAGGAGGCAUGAACUCAGUGGCUGGAGGUGUCCCACUCUCAGGGCCAGUGGACACCGUGGAGAUGGUGAGUGAAGUUGAACCACCUGUCCCUGCGGCUGGGCCCAGCCCGAAGCAGCCUGUGGUCGAGGGGCUGCUGAUUGCUCUACAGCCCUUCCUGUCCGAGGCCCUGGUCAGCCAAGUCGGGGCCUGCUAUCAGUUCAAUGUCGUCCUGCCCAGUGGUACCCAGAGCAUCUACUUCCUGGACCUCACUACAGGGCGAGGAAAGGUGGGACAUGGGGUGCCUGAGGGCAUCCCCGAUGUGGUGGUGGAGAUGGCUGAGGCAGACCUGCAGGCCCUAUUGUGCAGAGAGCUACGGCCCCUGGGGGCCUACAUGAAUGGGCGGCUCAAGGUUAAGGGCGACCUGGCUGUGGCCAUGAAGCUGGAGGCUGUUCUCAGGGCCCUGAAGUAGAGGCCUUGGCUGACCAUCUUUAGCCCAGCCCCAAGCCUGGCAUCCAGCCAGGGGGUGGGGUGAGCGGGAGCUCUUGGAGGAGGCUCUGGUCUGCACCAUGGGGAGUUAAGGCCCUAAGAAGUGUCAAUCCCAGCCAGCAGCCCACAGAUGGAGGCUGGGAGAGGCUGGGUCAGGCUACCCUGCACUCUAUCCUCCAGGGGUUCUCUGAACAAGCCUUUGCUGUGUGCCCCUCCCUGAGCUGGAUACUGGAGUGACGACAGGAGAGCCAGGCCUGCCCUGCCCUGCUGGAGCUUCCUGACUGAAGAGGCAGGACUCACAGAAACAGCCUGCUGGCAGCUGACUCAGUCCCUGUGUGAGGGAGCAAAACACAAGGCUCAGGCUCUAAAAGCACCAAGGGGGGACUAGUGGGAGUAGGGAGGGGGAGGGAAGGCAGCCUCCACAAAGAGGUCACUGCAGCCAAGGCAUCUAGGGAUUGGGCUGGUCUUGCCUUCCUGGUUACAGUCCAGGCUCACGGCUAGUAGGGGAAAGAGCAGCGCCUGCUGCUUCCCUGGCGCUACUCCCGAAGAUGCCGGGAAAGACUUGUGAGAAAAAGUCUAUCUACCCUCCUUCCUGCAUGCCUGACAAGCUGGGGCCCAGGGCAGCAUGAAGGAAAGCCCUGAGUUCCUGUGCUUUUUACCAGAGGUUUGCAAACAUCAGACAAAUAAAUGUGGUGUUUACAAUGUACAGGAGAAAAGAAGUGAGCAGGGGUCUGUGUGGUAUGGAGUGGGCUGGGGGCCCAUGAGAUAAUUCCCCUACUGUUGGCACAGGCAGGGACCAAGGCCCUGGAGGCUGCACACAGCGUCUCAAAGCCCCUGGGAGCAGAGCUGGGGCAGGGUGGGGAGCUCUCUGUUUCUCUUUGCAGUCAGGUACGGACUUGCCAGGGCAGUAGUGCACAAGCACCCACACAGUGGGUGGGAGUGGCAGUGGGCUAGGGGGUGCUUGUAACCCAUUUGAGAGAGGAGUUGGGGCCACUAUCAGCUUCCCCACACACACACACCCUGGGUCACUGUCCGUUGCCUUAAGGGAGGAAAACAGUCAUUGAGGCCUGGCCCCAUGCCAGCCCUGCUUUCAUUUCUAGUGCUCCUGCCCCAGAGAAGGGGGUUGUGACUUGUCUAGUCCUAAGAAAGAAAGAUUACUUCCUGGAAAGACUUGUGUAAGACCACAAAAGCAGAGCCCCCCCUUUUAAGAAUAGCCCCUGGGUUGUCCUCCAGCACUGCCCUGUUUCUCCUCCCACCCCUUCCUGGGCCCCAGGAUCAGUUCAGCAUGCCCCUCUGUCCCUGCCCUGCCACACACUGUCCUAUCCUUCCUUCCUGGUCCUUCCAUUGUAGAUGGUCCACAUCACCUAAAGCCCAGUGCUGACUCCACCGUCAUCAACACGACCACUGGGGGCCAGGUUUCUAGGGCCUCUACCAGGUGUCCCAGCCUCCUGCACCUGCCGCUGCCCCUUCCCUCACUUGGGGGACCUCUCCUGGGCUCUCCCAGGGCUUUGCAACUGGGGCUGUCUGUCAAAAGCCCUCCAGCCCUCAGCGGCCACACUGCAGCCACCUGCAGAGGCCCAGUGUGGUUUGGUCCCCUAUGUUCUCGCUUGGGCUCCCUUACAUUUUGCAGCUGUCUUUGUGCGCGUUCCCACCACCGGUGUUACUGUCUCUCACAUACCUGCUGCCUACCCUGCUGGUCUGGGAAAUCGCAGCUUCAGCGAGGAUUCCCUCCACGGCAGCUGCCCCUAGGGUGGACCAAGGCGGCAGGGAAAAUGAGAUGGAAACGGGGAAUUGAAAGUCUUCAGAUUUUCUUUGUGGGUGCAGGAAGUCAACCUAACAUUUAGAGGAAACUGAAACUUUUCUUGACGUUUGUGUGGGUGGAGGGCAGGGCCUGCUGCUGAAUGUUAACCCCACACCCCAAGGAGGAAGCUCAUUCCUUGGCCAGCACUCCAGGAAUGGGAGCAUGGGUUAGUGGCUCCUGGGCUACAAAAACUGAGCAGAGCUUGCAGACCACAGGGGAGGGAGGACAGAGGCGGAGGAUGGAAGACCCUGAAGGGGUCAGCUGUGGGGAGGGAGGAGGGGGAUGAGGUCCCCUACUUAGAAGCUGCAGUUACAGUUACAUAGGUGAUGGGAAGAGAUGCGGAAGGACAUUUGUUGAGGGAAGUCCCUCCAGAGCACUGCUGAAGGAGGCAAUGGGAGAACUCUGCUUUGGGGAACUAGAACCUACUGUGAGGAGGUGAGGAGGGGAUGUGUUUAAGGGACCGAAAUAAUAACCACUGUUGUUUGCCAAAUAUGUCCCUACACUGCACUAGACAUACCUGUAUCUUAUUUUUUUCCUUGAUAACCUGAUGAAUAAU